AUGUGCCCGCUGGACUUGUUCCUUAAACUGCUGGAGAACAGUGCGGUUAGACCAGGUGCUGUAUUUUCUGUCCUGUGGCGAUGGGUGAGCGACGAAACAGCAGGUGUGGAUACACUGGGAGCUGUAGUUGCAGACCUGCACACAGGCGGCCCAGGUCUAAUGGUCGCUUUCGUACUGACUGAAGCAGCAGUGAACUCAUCGUCUACCUGGGAGUCUGAGCAGCUCUCUUUAGGAAUGCACUGCUCACCUCACAUGAGGAAGGGAAUAGAAAAGGUGACAUUGAUCACCUUAGGCACAUGGACCGUGCGUACAUUACGUGACUACCCUUCAUCAGACAGAACAGAGAGGAGAACUGCUUUAGUUGCAAGAGAACUUGCAAGAUAUAACAUCGACAUUGCAGCACUGAGUGAGACUCGUUUCGCUAAUGAGGGGCAGCUGACUGAAUAUGGAGGUGGCUACACUUUCUUCUGGAGUGGCCGUUCUGCCGAUGAGCACCGGGAGUCUGGGGUAGGUUUUGCCAUCAGGAACCAUCUUGUCCAAAAGCUUGCCAAUAUCCCUAAAGGUACAAACGAUCGUCUCAUGUUAAUGCAGAUUCAUCUAUAUGUUGGUAAACGGGCGACACUCAUCAGUGCCUAUGCACCUACAUUGACAAAUCCUGAAGAUGUUAAAGACAGAUUUAACGAAGAUCUGGAUACUAUGCUUUCAUCCGUACGCAGUAUUGAUAAGCUGAUCCUAAUUGGGGAUUUUAACGCAAGGGUAGGCCGUGAUUCUGCCGCCUGGGAUGGAGUCAUUGGAAAGAGUGGGGAACAAAACAUGGAUGCACCCCCUGUCGAAACACUGGCAUCUCAUCGACUACAUCAUUGUCAGGAAGAAAACAGGCAGGAUGUCAGAAUUACCAAGGCCAUGUGUGGUGCAGAGUGCUGGACCGACAACAGACUCAUCAUCUCUAAAAUGAACAUCUGCAUCAAACGAAAGAGACGUCCACAGGGAUGCAUGACCAAAAAGAGGAUAAAUGUUACCAAGCUGAAAAACCAUCAAACAAUUGCAGCUCUGUCCACAGACCUAGAAUCCCAAAUUGCCAACUUCAAUCCUGGAGUGCAAGUGUUGGGCUACCCUUCCCGACAUCAGCAUGAUUGGUUUGAUGAGAAUGAUGAGGAGAUUCAGGUCCUACUUGAUGAAAAGCACAGACUUCAUCGUGCUUACCAAGAUGAUCCAACUUCAGUCUACAAGAAGAAUGCCUUUGCCAGUGCACGGAGAACAGUUCAGAGUAAGCUGCGGGCGAUGAGAGAUUCCUGGCUCAGUGCUAAGGCUGAUGAAAUCCAAGCCUAUGCCGACAGAAAUGAUACAAAGCGGUUCUAUGAAGCUCUCAACACCAUAUAUGGACCUCGAUCGUCAGGAAAUUCCCCUGUCUUGAGCUCAGAUGGGACUUCACUCAUUACCGAGAAGGAAAAGAUCUUGCAUAGGUGGGCUGAACAUUUUGAAGCUGUCCUCAACCGUCCUUCUUCCAUCAAUGAUGAGGCAAUAGACAGGUUGCCCCAGGUCAACAUCAACACGACCAUGGAUGUUCCACCUGUUGAAUCAGAAGUCAGGGAGGCAAUAAACAAGCUCUCUAGUGGUAAAGCCCCUGGUGCAGAUGCUAUUCCAUCCGAGAUAUAUAAAGUUGGUGGUCCCACAAUAAUCCAGAAGCUGACUGACCUCUUCCAAUCCUUCUGGGCUGAAGGAAAAGUUUCAAGAGCAGAACCAAGAUCUGUACACCACUUUGUCGAUUUGACAAAAGCUUUUGAUACAGUCUCCCGUCAGGCCCUGUGGAGAAUUAUGUGCAAGGUUGGCUGUCCAGAGAAAUUCAUCUUGAUGGUUCGUCAAUUUCAUGAUGGAAUGUUGGCCAGAGUACUUGUUGAUGGUGACUACUCCGAACCCUUUCCAGUCACAAAUGGUGUCUAA